AUGGCUUCCACAACGAAGCUAACCCCUUUAGCUGACGUGAAACCUUUUAAGACUGGGUCGAAAGAUCAAGUGAAGGUGCUUCAUACAUGGAAACAAUACCAAACCAAGAGUGGAGAGUCUUUGGAAAUCAUCCUGGCCGAUGAAAUGGGUACCAAAAUCCACGCAACUGUCAAGAAAAAUUUGCUGCAUCGUUUUGAACGGAUGAUGGUUGUCGAUGUUAUUGGACAAGUUGAAAGUGUCUGUGAGUUGCAAACAAUAUCUGUUAUGAAUAAGGACACCAGCAUACUCGAGUUCGAUCUACGAAAUGCUAAUGAUGAACGUUUACCAUGCACACUGUGGGGAAAGCUUGGUGAGGAAGUCUAUUCGGCUUGUCGGAGUGCUGGUGAAAGAAGUCUCAUUCUUGUGAUCCGUUUUGGGAAAAUAAACGUUUUCAAAGGUGAUCGUCGAAUUACAAGUAGUUGUCAAACAACUAAGGUUCUGAUAAAUUUGAAUGAUCCCGAUGUCAUUGUCUUCAAGAAUAGUUUACCUGAGAAUUGUGGACGUAUUUCCUUCUUGAGUAGCAAACCUCAACAAAGGGUUUCUUAUGGUGAUGAGACUAAUUUCGAUCAGUUUCCAAUGGUCACUAUUUCAGAAUUGCAAGAUUAUCUUGAGGUUGGGAAAUGUAAGAUCAUGUGCACCAUCUACGCGGUUGACACAGACUGGUCGUGGUUUUAUUUGGUUUGCACUAGGUGUGGUAAAAAAGUGUACAAAAUUCCAAAGAAGGAAGAUCAAAAAAUGACCAAGAAGAAUAAGACCCUUUAUUCCUGUGAAACAUGUGAUGCAAAAGUGUCAUUUGUGAGUGCGAGGUACAAAUUUCAUCUUUGCGUUAUGGACAACACCAACAAGCUCAAGUGUUUUAUUUUUGAUUUAAAUGCGCAGGAUAUUUUAAUCAGAAAGAUACAAGAUCCGGAUGUCGUUCCUGAUGCACUACAAAACUUGAUUGGGAAGACUUUUCAGUUUCUGAUUUGUGUUGAGAAAGAAAAUCUCUACGGUGGUAGUAAUACAUACAAGGUCGGAAAGUUUUGGAAAGGAAAUGAUGUUUUAUCCGCUGAUGAGGUGAAUGAAUCUGAAGAUAUGGGUGAUGAUAGUUUACUCUUGUCUGGUAAUCAGGAGAUUGGUCAGAACUACAACGAGAAUAUUCUCGACCAUCAACAUCGUGAAGUCUUUGUGUUGAUGAUACCAAAGAUAUUUAUGAUGAUGUUGUCUUCCCAAGCAAAUACUGGGAUUCAGAAGAUGAGUAUGAUUAUGAACAGCGGUUUGACUGUAGCAGUCUUGAUGGUUCGUCCGAUGAGGAAAACUAUAUUAUGA